UCUCCGGCGGAGCUGCGUGAGGCCAGGCCGGCCCCCGGCCCCCCCUUCCGGCCGCCCCCGCCUCCUGGCCCACGCCCGCCCGCGCUCGGCCCGCCAGCGCCUCCAUCCGGGCUGGCGGCCCCGCGUCGACGCCGUCCGCCACCUCGCUGCUGCUAACUCCUGUGCAGGGCGCCGUCGGCGGGGCCGCGCUCCGUCGGGCCUGCGGAUCUCCCCACCGCCUCCUCCUCUAUCUACCUCAACACCCCAUUCCUGCUUCGCCAGAGGAGGCGGUCCCCACCGCAGGCAGUCCGGCUUGCAGGUCGCCGGCGUUGUCAUCCCCCGCGCUCCCCCUCCCAGCCCUCCCCGGCGCGCAGCCCGGCUGCUCCCCUCUUUUCGCUGCAGUCCCGAGCAGCUGAGGCGCCGCCACGCCUGUCCCCCCCACAAGAAGCCCGGGCUUACGACGGCUGAGGGCUCCGUCGGCCCUAACCGAGCUGGGUGCCCGUGGCCGGGGUGACGCCUCCAUUCCUCCCCCCUCAACACCGUCCUCGGUCCUUCGAAGUUGCAUCCUCUCCUCUGCUUAGGGUGCGCCCCCCCUCGCGCACCCGCUUACCCGCCACCUUUCCUAAGCUCCCCUCCUGCCCCCUCCCCGUUCCUCCUCGCCUCAGACUCCCUCCCCCUCACGUCCGCCCUCUGCCUUCGCCUACCCAAGUGGAUUAAUUAUACGCUUUCUGUUUCUCUCGGUGCUGUCCUCUCCCGCUGUGAGCCUACCCGCCUCUCGCUGUCCUCUCUCCCUCUCUCCCUCUCUGUGGUCCCCCCCGUUCACGUUCACUCUGUCUCUCUCACUAUCUCUGCCCCCCAACUAUCCUUGAUACAACAGCUGACCUCAUUUCCCGAUACCUUUUCCCCCCCGAAAGUACAAUAUCUGGCCCGCCCCAGCCCUAAGAUACCCUAAAGAAGCAGAAGAGACGCCCCCUCCCCACCAAAAAAGCCAUCUCCCCGUUCUGUCCCGUCGCACAUUCGGCCUCUGCGACUCGGGCAGAGCGGCGCUGGCAGAGGAGUGCCCGGCAGAAGGGCCUUCGCCCGCUGUUCGGUUUGCAUACCCGCAGCAGGGAGAUGGGCGGCAGCGUCGCCGGCUUCCAGGUACCAAUGGGGAUCCCAGUGGGGAAGUCGAUGUUGGUGCCUCUCAUCUCUUUGGCCUUCGCCUUGUGCUGCACCGCUGCUUACCGCCCCAGCGAGACUCUGUGCGGAGGGGAGCUUGUCGACACGCUUCAGUUUGUCUGUUCGGACCGCGGCUUCUACUUCAGCAGGCCUUCAAGCCGUGCCAACCGUCGCAGCCGUGGCAUCGUGGAAGAGUGCUGCUUCCGCAGCUGCGACCUGGCCCUCCUGGAGACAUACUGUGCCACCCCCGCCAAGUCCGAGAGGGACGUGUCUACCUCUCAGGCCGUACUUCCGGACUACUUCCCCAGAUACCCCAUGGGCAAGUUCUUCAAAUAUGACACCUGGAGACAGUCCGCGGGACGCCUGCGCAGAGGCCUGCCUGCCCUCCUGCGUGCCCGCCGGGGUCGCAUGCUUGCCAAAGAGCUCCAAGAGUUCAGAGAGGCCAAACGUCAUCGUCCCCUGAUCGUGUUACCACCCAAAGACCCCGCCCACGGGGGAGCCUCUUCGGAGAUGUCCAGCAACCAUCAGUGAACCAAAUUAUGUGGUAAUUCUGCAAUGUAGUACCAUCAAUCUGUGACUUCCUCUUGAGCAGGGACAGUUCCAUCAAGUCCCACACUAAGAUCUCUCUGCUCCACUCCCUCCCCAGGUUUCUCCCUACCCACCCCCAUGCCCCGCCUCCCCACAUCAGGCUGUUCCCCUUGCCCCACACCAUCGGGCAAGGGGAUCUCAGCAAUUCUAAACAAACAAAUUUGAUUGGCUCUAAACAACCCAAUUGACACCCCCUCCAAAUUAUAUAUUCACAUUAAAAAAAAAAACUUUAAAAAUUACAGUCCCUUUAAACAAAUUGACUUUUAAGAAACUCCAUAACUGAUAAUCUAAAAAUUAAAUAACUAAAGAAAUUAAUUGACUAAAAACAUACUAAAAAUUAAUUGGCUUAAAAACAAUUGGCAAAAUCAAAUAAUUCGGCGCCCCCCCCCCUUCAUCUUCUUCCCAUUUGGAUCUUUAGUCAAAUUGGCUAAGACUUGGAUCUCAGAACCCAAGAAGAAAGGAAGGGGACCCAAAAUUUUGCAGGUGGCAUGUCAUUGCUUCAGUGCCCUCUUCUUACCCCAUGCACUUUUAGUGUAAAGCUGGCUGUAAACAACAAUAGCCGCCCAAACUCUUUCUUCACUGGUCAUUCCAACACAAAUGUCCCCCAUGUCACCAAGGGGGCUGGGUGAAAGAACCCAAGGAGAGGAACAGAACAUGAAAACUGGAAAUAGAACUUAAUUGGCACAAGCCCCCAGUCCUAAAAUCUCACUUUUCUCUACCUACCCUAAAAAGCACAUGAUUAUACUCACACCCACAGGCA